CUUCAUGAUCUUCUCUUUUGAAUCUCCCACAUUGAGGACAAUGUGUCGCUCAAGUGUGGGGGGAUGUGUGUGAAUGCUUGAGUGAUUAUCAUGAUUGAUAGAGCCACAAAUCACUAUUAUCCUCCUCACAUGUUAAAGUGUAUUCGGUUGCCACACAUGUUAGGGUGCUUUAGACGAUACAUGUUAAUUAGGUACAAAAAUGGCACAAGUGUAGUCAAAUGGGCAGGAAGCUGAUGAUCACAGUUUGGAAGGGAAAGAUCUCAGUCGAGACAGCAAACCACGAAGCAGGAGAGAAGAUCGCGGCCCACAAAAAGGAGCCCUUGGGCGUGAACUUCAUGAGGAAACCACCCAAGAGAAGAUACGAAGUUUUGAUAGUCAAAUCACGGUUACCGUCUUCCGUGAUCGCGAGAAAGUUCAUGGCCGUGACUCACAGAUCGCGACUGUCAAGUCAGCCCGCAAACUCUCGGAAGAUGAAGAACAAAAUGAUGACGCCUAAAGAUCGCGAGCUCAUAUGGAAAGAUUACUACGACGAAUUCCCCCCUGAUCGGCCGUGAACUUGUCUACCCUCCUGAAGUCUAUAAAUAGAGGACCUCUUCCCCAAUUUUAGGAGAGCUGAUUUUGAGAUAGAAAUGUAUGGUUUAGAGAGAGAGGAGAGAGAGAAGCUUAAGGAAGGAGAAGAGGAGAAGCUAGAGGAGAGGAGCCAUCUUCUUCGACAUCGAGUCUUCCCCAAAAUUUUCUAUAUAUCUUCUUCCCUCCUUUAUGGAGUAGUCUCUUAAGGUACUAGGGGUUUUAACCUCCAAAUCCUAGUUUUAGGGCUAUUAAGUAAUGAAUGAAUAUGAUAGGGUUUUGAACGAAUGUGUUUGUCUAGUUGAUUUUAAUGCUUCAUCUAGCUUUAAUAGUGCUUGGGUAAGCCGCCUUAAUCUUCUCUACUAGCCUACUUGAGCUUCUACGCUGGGUAUGGAGUUUUAGGGUUAGACAGGUAUGCGUCGUCUGUCAAUUUAGGGUUAGAAGAAUGAAUAGGGUCUUGUGAUGGACGAGGCGAUCGAACCCUUGCCACAAGAAUGUCUUCCUAGAUGGAACCGGAGAUAAAACCUAGGUGUGGACGGUGGGUAGUACCCAUUGAAAGGAGCUAUGUUCUUAAUGCCCAAGAUAUGUGAGCCUAUACCGAGGUGACAAUGGGGUAGUUAUGGCGUACUCGAAAGCAUGUGGAUAAUCACGAAGGCCUAUGGAAAAGAGCUCACUCACCGCAUUCGCGUAACCCAACAUGUUUAGACAUUUGCAUGAUAGACCUAGGCUAGGGCGAGGGUUAGUUCCCCGAUGCACCUGCUUUUAUCCUUGUUUAUUCUCCCUACUAGUUAUUUUACUCAAAUCCUCCAACACAACCCCUUAAACUAGCCGAUCAGAUAACAAUAACGUAGUAAGUAGGCUAUGGUACCGGGACCCGAGUGAAUACGACAUUGAUUGCCACUAUAAGACAACUCCAUUAUAGGUUAAACUUGGCCUAGAAGGAGAUAGUUAUCGAUAUGUGCAAAGUACUGACAAUUACCUGCAUGGAAUGAAUCGAUCAUAUUUUUUAACACACUUGUGGUGUGUGUUUAUGAGACUUGUAGUAUGCUUACUUGUGGUGUGCUUCAUGCAUGUGACUUGUGGUUUGCUGCAACAAACUUGUGUAUGGGACUUAUGGUAUACUUACUUGUAGUGUGUUCCAUGUGAUUUGUGGUUUGCUUCAUGAGUUUAUGGUGUGGUAAGGUUCUGGUUUCCUUUCUAACGUGUGUGGUUUUUUGUGAUAUAUAUUUAGUGGUCCCCAUCUCCUACCCUAAUUAAUGCAUCACUUCCCCAAAUUAAUACAUGUGAGUUUCAUUCCCCGAAUUUUUAAUUAAUGACCAGCGUGCCCCUUAGUGGCUUUCAGCCUUAUUAAUUAUGGUCAACUUAUUAAAAUUGAAAAGUCAUAUGAACGAAAUAUUUCUAUUGGUUGAAACUAGUAUUACCAUCAUGUUAACAAAAAAAGUAUUAGCAGCCUAACCUUUUUUGUUAUGAUGUUUCCUUAUCUGCAUUAUUUUACAUUAAUAUCUUGCCUUAUUUCUUUUUCUUUCUCCAUCUUUUUUGUGUGGUCAAAAUUUUCCAUAUUUUCUUUAAGCAAUUAUGAUGUUGCCUUAUGUCCUCUUACUUUCCAUGUCAAUAUAUCUAUUGAGACGUU